UCCGUAUGUUUUAGUUUUUGUUAAUUCCUAUAAAUACAUAAAAAACACCUCAUGAACGCAAAUUCCAAAAAUGGGCAGGCUAUCAUCCACCGUCGAGAUCUCCGAUGGACGAUACAUUCCUGACCGUCAAAACAGCCGUGACACACCCGAGUUCGACUCCCCUGACUACCGACGCCACCGUGAACGUCGCAGUCCCUCUUAUCAAAACUACGAUGAUCGUCACCGGGAAAUCGAUCGCGGCCGACGCCGUCGCUCUAGCUCACCCGAAUACUCAAGAAGUCCUAGAAGAAGAACAACAAGAAGAAGUCCGAGCCCUAGGUACAAAGAAACCCUAGAUCAUUCUCUCCCUAAAAAAUUCGGCAAGGGCCGGUCCUUUCUUGAUAGGAAUAGAAGGGAAUCGGACGAGGAAUCCGAUGAGGAUUUAAAAGGAUUGAGUUUUGAGGAGAGGAGGAGGCUGAAGAGGCAGAAGAUGAGGAAGUCUAUGAGGUAUUGUAUUUGGAAUAUUACGCCAAGUCCUCCGAGAAGGGACGAUGAGGAGGAAUUGGUGGAGAAAGCGGACGAGAUAGAGAAGUACGGAGAGGAUGAGGUAAAGAGUGAAGAUUCCAGCGGAAAAGAGAAGGAAAAGGCGAAAUCAGAGUCGGAGAAUUCUGGGAGUGGUGAGUCGGAGAGCGAGUCUGAGUUUGAGUCAGAUGCCUCGAGGGAGAAAAGAGAGAGGAGGAAAUCAAGUUCUAAGCGCAGGAGGAGGAAAAGUGAUAGUAAAUCAGAUGUGAGUGAGAGCGAAAGUGAGAGUGAAUCAGACACUGAAGAAGAUCGGAAACGGAGAAAGAAGUCGCGGGAAAGUAUUAGUAGGCGGAUCAAGAGUAGUAAGAGUAGUAGAAGAAGAAAGAGCAGGAGGAAGAAGAGUAAGUAUAGUGAUUCUGAUGAUAAUAGGGCUGAGGAGUCUGACUCUGAUGAUGAUCGUGUAAAGUCUAAAAAGAGGAGGCGUUCUUCAGGUUCGCGAUCCAAGGGGAGUAAGAAGAAGAGAGGUUCUGAAACAGGGAGUGAGAAUUUGGAUUCCCUUGAGAAUUCUGGUUCUGAGAAAAAUAAAGCAAAUGAUGACGAGGCUAACAAGGCUGAAGUUGACGUUGAGGCAUUGAUGUUUAAAGAAAUGAUCGAGGCACAAAAAAAACCUGCUUUGGAAAAUGAACCUGUGGUUGGGCCAAUGCCGUUGCCUAGAGCUGAAGGGCAUAUUAGUUAUGGUGGAGCUUUGAGGCCUGGUGAAGGUGAUGCUAUUGCACAGUACGUGCAGCAAGGGAAACGUAUCCCUCGUAGAGGUGAAGUGGGUCUUUCUGCGGAUGAGAUUCAGAAAUUUGAGACUCUUGGGUAUGUGAUGAGUGGCAGUAGGCAUCAGAGGAUGAAUGCCAUUCGUAUCAGGAAAGAAAACCAAGUUUAUAGCGCUGAGGAUAAGCGGGCGCUGGCCAUGUUUAACUAUGAAGAGAAGGCAAAACGUGAGCACAAGGUUAUGGCUGAUUUGCAGCGGCUAGUGCAGCGCCAUAUUGGGCAGGAUGUUGGUCCUAGUCAUGAUCCUUUUUCUGCGAAAGCAUCUGGCGGUGCUGAUGCUUAGGAGAAGAGAAAUUGACAUCCCACUGUCCUCAGCCGCCGCCGAAGAUGACGAGGACCACUGUAACUAGCAAAUUUAAUGUCGUGACAAAGUUGAAAACAUCAGCUCCACUUGCCAGUGAUGAAUCUAGCAGGGUUAAGCAGGAGAAAUCUAUUAGCAAGUCAGAUCCUCAUUGCACACAGAUCUGCAGUUUUUACGUAUGGUCACAUUUUAAUCCAGUGUCAGUGUCAUGUUUUGUGCCCGUCCUUGUCUGAUACUAUUUGUUAUGCUUCUAAACUUGAUGAAUAGAUUUUUUUUACAGCUCUACAAAAUGAUAAAGAGGAUUUCUUGCCAAAAACAAGGGUUGUAUAUGGUUUUGGUCAUUUUCACUGCGUGUUUUGGGAUGGUUUUUGGACCAUGAGACAUUGAAACACAAGACUGAUCUAUCUUCCUUUAAAAACCAGCCAAGAGAUCAAAAUUCAAUGGGAAGGGAAAACCACACGGAUUAUCAUCUUUUGCGAGCAAAGAUGAAGGGAAGGCCAGGAAAGAACGAUAUGCGAAGCACAGAUUAAACGAACGAGGUAGCUUUGCCGGCCACUUAUUCUUUUCCAGGCAUAUGAAAGUUAGACUUCUGGGUUAAUUUCGAUUUGUUCAUUUGGGACCUGUUUCAGAUUCUCAAUGUGAUCAACCAGAAUUCAUAAAAGUGUAUCCAAAUCUAAU